AUGGAGAACUUCUCUACACCGGAGUCUCUGAAACAUGCAAUAUUCAUCAUUUCUUCUUCUUCUUCUUCUUCUUCUUCUUCUUCUUCUUCUUCUUCUUCUUUAUGUGCUGUGUCCUCUCGGGGCACAGUAAGGGAUUAUUAUCUUUUUAAAUUUGGAUUUAUCUAUCUAUCUCAGUCUUUUCAUAUCUAUCUAUCUAUCUAUCUAUCUAUCUAUCUAUCUUAUUUUCAACCUCUAUCUCUAUCUCUAUCUCUCUCUCUCUAUCUAUCUAUCUAUCUAUCUAUCUAUCUAUCUUUCAUCAUCUCUUUUUUCAGUUUUCUAUCUAUCUAUCUAUCUCUCUAUCUCUUUUUCAGUCUGCUCAUUUUAUUUUUUUUCUUUCCUUUUUUCAGUCUGUUCAUUUUUUCAGUCUUUUCAUUUUAUUACUUCCUUUCUUGGUUUCUAUCUAUCUAUCUAUCUCUAUCUAUCUAUCUAUCUAUCUAUCUAUCUAUCUAUCUCUAUCUAUCUAUCUAUCUAUCUAAUUUUAUCAGUCUGCUCAUUUCUAUUUCUUUUCUUUUCGUUCUUUCUUUUAUCUUUCUUUCUAUCUUCUUUCCUAUCCUUUUUCAUUAUCUAUCUAUCUAUCUAUCUAUCUAUCUAUCUAUCUAUUUUUUCAAUCUGUUCAUUUUGGUAUAUUCUUUUUUUUUUCUUUGA